AUGGUAUGACAGCUGUCAAGCAGCUGGUCUGAAACACGAGAAAGGACAAGAUUGUUGUCAAAAGGGGGCAAAACAAAGAGAACCCCCAUAACUGCAGUGCAUAAUCUGUGUUUUCAUUUCGUGUGGGGCAAUGGAACAUCGCGACGAACGAGUAGAUCAAGGCCAGUGAUGCUAUCGUUCGAAGAACUUUCUUCGUCUGCAGUAGAAAGCGUUCUAAAACCAUUAAAACUGCGCAACCAACGUGUAGGACCUGCAAACCAGCUGCCAGCCCAGUAGUAGUGGGGCAGACAGAUAGACGUUUUUUUUGGUUGUUGAUUGGUUAUUGUCGAUCGGUGCUAUAGAAGGGCAGAGAGAAGGGCAACUUUCAGCCUUUAGGGCUGUGCUUAUUACGUAUUAUUACAGUCUGCAUCGUCACGCCUGGCGGAGGGAGAUCUACGGCCGAAAAAAGGAUUCCGGAGCAUCGCAUGAAAUAAGAAAAAAUGGGUUUUUAAUGUGCGUGUGUGUUAAUCGUAUGCAAACUCAUGCAUGCGAUGUGGAUCGAGUGCACGGUUCAUGGGGAAGACGAUGUGCGCUGUUGCUACUCGUAGGCAAUGCAAAGUGCAGUUCAAAGUGUAGCAUCUAAUGUGCAGUCAUCGCUUCCUGCCCCAUCCUGGACGACAAGUGAUACCGAAGGGUUGUUUUGAUGAGGGCAGUGGAAAAGCUGCGAACAUUCACGGUGUCUGAAAGAUUGUGUUGGAAAGAAUGGAUCGCUGCUGCUACCGUCGGUGCGGAAUCUCUUUGUUUGCAUACACCGCUUUUGUUUACAUUGCGCAGAGUUGAAAGGAACGGACGGUGCGUGAAUUGCCGUCGAGAUAUACGCCACGGAGAAUUCUCGGUCAAGAACGGACGACUCCAACGUUCGUAACGCAAAGGUGCGAACACAAAAGCCCCAUCGCCUGCUUGGACAAUAAUUGUACCACAUAAAGCGCUUCCCUUUCGGCUCCCGAUCUUAGCAGGCUGCAAUAGCCUAAACACGGUACCAUGAUGGCCGAUUUCGACGCAAUCUACGAGGAGCAGGAGCUCUCGGAGGAAAACCUUGAGGAAGCGCACGUGCAGAUGGUUCCGGAUCCGAUUGUAAUCCGUGGGGCAGGCAAUAUGACAGUGUUUGGCUUAAGCAAUCGCUUCAACGUGCAAUUUCCAGCAGGUCUGGUUUCGCGCGUUGCACCGGAAGAAUUCAAAGCGACCGUGUUGCGGAUCAAUGCCGUGCUAAAAAAGACGCUACCCGUCAACGUGAAAUGGCUGUUCUGCGGUUGCGUUUGCUGCUGCUGCACAUUAGGAUGUUCUCUAUGGCCUGUGAUAUGUUUAAGUAAGAGGACGCAGCACACGCUAAACAAACUGCUCGAGUGGGAAAACAGUCACCUUUAUCACAAACUUGGACUGCACUGGCGUCUCAGCAAACAGCAGUGUGAUUCGAAUUCGAUGAUGGAGUACGUGCUACUAAUAGAAUUCAUACCGAAAACGCCAAUCUACCGGCCCGACUAAAAAGGUGUGUGAUGCUUUGGACACUGGCUGUAGAUUUGGUGUAUAGAAAAGGAGCAAAAAAGCUAAACCGGCAACCGAAAUGGGGAACGCUUUCGAUCGGUUUCUGGUGGCGACGAUCUAAUUAUCGAUAGCGUCUAAUUUAAUAGUAAAAGUAUAAUAUAUUUUACACCCUCGCUAACAAUACCCCAUCGCUACACGAUCUGUUAAACAACACAUCAAAACGCUGAUUUUGUGUAAACCUUCUUAGUCAAUCAUAUCCGAGCGGAUCGAGCGGAAACGUAUCCGGUGUGUAUUUAGUGCUUUGUGCUACACACAUUUUGCUUUUUGUUUAACUGGUUCUACUUUAAUGAGUUUGAGUGACGAGCAUAGAUUAAGAUAAAAACCAUCAAACGCAUCAGGCGUGUAACAAAUUUGCAGAAAUCAUAAUAGGAAUAAUAAUAACUACAUUAAUUAUAACAAGGAACGUUUAGCGUUUGUAUAGUGUAUAGUGAGUUGUAAGUAGUAGACAGCCCCGGACAUGUGCGACGAAUUCGGAUGCGGCUGUAAUUGGUUUGCAAUGAUUGUGUUUAGGAAGAAGAUAAUAUGCUAAAAGAAAAAUGAGUAUUAGCCAAUAAUAGAGUGCGCACACGUUUGCGGCAUGAAAUCCCCGACAACAGACACGCUUUUUUCUGCUCCGUAACUCGUUGAAGACCAUACGGACUGUUUCGCCGUAGCAAAGAUCAACUAUUAUUGCGAGAAAAAGAAGAAAUUGUUGCAGCAAAAUGAUUAGUGAUGUUCACAUUUGAGACGGUAGGAUUUUAGUUAGCGGUUCGCAUAACUAGCAUCAGGUCUACCUUCCGUCAAUCGCAUGUGCCAUCCGCAGUAAGACGGCGCAACUUUACUACAAGCUACUACUUUGAAAGAUGUGAUUUUAAAUUUCUUCUUCGUUAGCUUAGCUCGUUUUCUGUACCAGAGUUUGAUUUCAUUCAUCAGUUCCGUUUAGAAAAAUAAUUGUACAAAAAGUGUUUACUUUGUGCCUAAAGAUGCGUUACGUUACUAAUUUCUUUAACGCCCAAUAGUGACAAUGUACAGUUUAGAAUCACUCCAGUUGUCCACCCAGACGCAAGAAAUGGACCGUUGUGUUCUUGACAGGAGUCUGCGUUGACUAUCGGGGAGCAAACGAGUGCACAAACAAAUACAAACAAAUUGUACUAGAGAAGUGAACGGAUGAAUCGGGAAGAAACUAGUAUUAGGCUUUUUAUACAGCAUAGUGUUACGAACAAACCAGGAGGUAAUAGAAAAUCUAUUAUAUCCCAUCAUCCGCGCUGGGACGAUUGUUAUUUCAUCGAUAAACUGAGUAGUGAGGGGAUGAAAGGCUGAAGCAAACGCAAGGCAGAGUUACAAACCGUACAGAAUAAAAUGUUUCGAAAAUGAAAA